AUGGCGCCGCCAUCAAGAACCCCGGCCAAGGCGGCCCCCAAGUUCGUCCAUUGCGUCGGCAACCCCGCCUUCAACCCGGAGGACUACAUCCAAGACACGGCGCGCCAGCAGAGGGCGCUCGACUAUCUCAAGAAAGACGACCUCUACUAUGCGUCGCUCGUCACGUUCGGCCUGCCAGAGCGGGACACGUAUACCUACCACGCCAUGACGGCCGUCAAGCUCGGCCAGGUCCAGCACAUCGUCACGCUCGGCGGCGCCAACGACCUGCACGCGUGGUACCGCGCCGCGCCCGAGGACGACAGCUCCGGCCCUCCCGGCGCGCUGCAGCCCCUGCCGCCGCCGCCGCCCGCCGACACGGACGCCUACGUGGCCGUGUUCGCGCCGCACACGCAAACCGCGUCGGCCCUCACCUCGCUCGUCGCCAACGCCAAGAAGACGUCGCUGCGGGCCGCCGUGGGCGCGCACCUCGCGGCCCGGCGGCACAUCCACGCGGGCCUGCCGGCGGCCUUCACCGUGCCGCGCUGCAAGCGCGCGGCGCCCUCGGCGAACCCCUACUUUGACUUUUGGGCCUGGUCCUGCCGCGCCCUCGAGUGGGCCGGUCCCUGCGCCGCGUCGGCCCGCCGCCCGGCGAGCCACCACGUGCUGCCCAUCUUCAUGCACCACUUUGGCUGCGCCGUGCCGUCGCACGAGGGCCUCGAGCUGCUGCGCCUCGCCGCCGCUGGUCGGCCCGUCGCCGACGUCGGCUCCGGCAACGGCUACUGGACUUUCAUGCUGCGGCGCUACGGCGUCACCGUCCACCCCGUCGACAACAUGCAGAGCGAGUGGCGCGUCAACUGGGUCGCCGACACGGAGAUGGCCGACGGGCCCGCCUGGCUGCGGCGCCGCAACGGCGGUGCCGACCUCGUGCUGCUGCUCGUGUAUCCCGUCGUGGGCGGCGGCGUCGCCGGUGGCGUCGAGGGCGGCUUCACCCGCGACCUCGUGGCCGCCUACGAGGGCGACACGAUCGCCGUCGUCGGCACCCAAAACGCAAACGGCUACACCGGCUUCAGGGAUAUGACCAUGGACCAGUACAUGGAGAGGGAGCACAGCGACUGGACCAAGAUUGUGCAGGUCCCUCUUCCGAGCUUCGCGGGCAAGGACGAGGCCCUGUACAUCUUCCAGAGGGGCGAGCGCGCCCCCAAGGCCGCCGCCGAAGCUAACAUGCAUACGACGUGA